AGCUGUUACCAUCGAAAGCAUCCGCUUCGACCGGACGCUGCCAUGUCGAUGUUCGAAACGUGGGGCUCGCUUCGGAGUGAUGACGCCACCUUGAAGGGAAGUUGGUGUACCUCCGGUCAGGACACCAACAGCUCCGAGUAUCCCACGCUGCUCUCCUUUGGUGACAGCCCGAGAAACACAUUUGCAAACUCUGGCUGCGACCAGAUGGACACCAUCCCAGAUAUGACGAGUACGACGUCUGCUUUUCUGAAGAGAGUGCAACUUCGCAAGCACGUGCGAGGUGCAAAGGCGAAUCGCCGUCCGCAGGACGAAGCCGACAAAGCAAAGCAUUUGGCGAAGAAGCAGGUGCCUAAGGGAGAUCGCACUAAGGAUCGCACGCGUGUUGGCCAGUUGGAUUUCUGCUUCGGUAGUGAAGCUGAUUCGGUGGAGGACACCCUGCGAUGGCUCCAGAGCUCUGCGCACCACUUCUGGGGCGAGGCAGUGGUUCUGGAGAUCUGCUUGACGCCAAAGUAUGCCGGCAGGGACGUGCAGGAGCCGAUUUGGAUAAGCCUGCAGAACAUGCAGCCCUUCUAUCCCCAGCCGUCCACCGUGGAGGUUGCUUUGGAGAUUUUGUCCAACUCCACUGGACAUUGUGCAAAGUGGCAGUUUUAUGAGCGCAACGCAGAUGUCAAAGUCGCUUGCUAUUUGCCGAUGGACUGUUAUGGGCAAUGCAUCGGCGUUCUGCGCCUUUCCGCGAAAGACACUCUGAGCCUUGAUGAAUCCGGCCGAGACAUGUUCCAGCCCUUGGUCUCCAUCGCCGUCUUGCGGCUGAUGCGAGCGGAGCUCCAUCAGUCCUUCAGACGGCAAUCGACGGAGCUGACCCGGACGAGUCGAAUCUUAGAGUCCGUCUUUCCGCGGCACGUUCUUCAUGAGUUGUGCCAUCGAAGCGAGAACUUCUCUGAACAAGAGGAUGCAAAGCUGCCGCAUCGUGGACGCUUUUGUGAAAAUUGCCAUCCGGACGGAACACAGGACGCUGGCUGUGAUGUCAGCAGGUCGUGGACCUUGGGGUCUGAUUCAACCCAGGACUCUGCGUUCUGCAGACAGCAAACAGUCAGUGACUGUGGCUCGGAGAGUAGUCACCAGCCCUUGUACGCGGAGUCCCACGACCACGUGGCGACCAUUUUUGCCGACAUCAAGGAUUUCACCCCGAUUUCUGAAGCGUGCGGCCCUGCUGGUGUGAUGCGAAUGCUGAACCAGCUCUUCAAGAAGUUUGACGACAUAAUGGAGGCGUUUCAUCCGAUGAGCUACAAGGUGGAAACCGUGGGAGACUCCUAUGUGGUGGCCUGCGGCCUGCUUCCAGACUGUGACACAGAUCCCUCAAUCAUCGCCAUGCAUUCCAUCCACAUCAGCGCCCUAAUGUUGAGAGCUGCAAGAGAGGUGCUGGUGAACGAAGAGCCUGUGCAGCUGCGUGUGGGCAUCCAUAUGGGCCCCCUGAUGAGCGGCAUUGUUGGCAAGCGCGUGCCGCGGUUUUGCCUGUUUGGCGACACCGUGAAUACUG